AUGAAUGAGCAACAGUCGGAAAUAGACCAGCCAAUAUCAAUCGCAAACAGAGUUUUCUUCUCUGUUUCAAGGGUAUUGAAAUCCCGAAGAGUCGCAAGAAAUCUUAAAUUAAGCGUAAGAAGUGUUGAAAGAUUUGAGAGGAUAAUCCUCAGCACGAUUAGGAGAAGAAAGACCUAUAAAGAGCAACGUACAGAAACUGGUCAAGCAAUAUCUCAUAAUAUAAAGGCAAUGAGGUUAAGAUGGGCGGAGCAUAUAUCGCGAAGUAAUCUAUCUGGAAGUCUCUACACAGUAAAGAAUGCCUCAAAAGUAGACGGAGACCACGUGGAAGGCCAAAAACCCAGAUGGAUGAUCGAAUCAACAAAGACGCAGUAG